UCUCCCCAAUCAGCCGGCAUCUGAGUCCUGCCACAGCGGCUCGCAGCAUGCCCCCGCCGGGGGCGGCGGGACCAGGCUGGAGGCGGUGAUGGAGACCCUGCAGCGCCAGCAGGCUGCCCGCCUCGCCGUGGAGGAGAAGCUCCGGCAGGCGGAGAAAAACCGGCAUUUCCACAGCCUGAUGCAGUCCCGGAUCCAGCAACAAGCUCUGGCUUUCAGCCGCUACCACACCGCGAUGGGGGGGCCACUGGCCCCUGGAUCCAGCUCCUGCAUCGGAGGGGCGCGUCUUCGCGCAGAGGAUGAGGACGGAGAUGCCAAAGCACGCGCUGAUGGAGAGGAGGGAAAGGAGGAAGAUGCGGAUGAACAGGAGAUGAUUGAUGAAGAGGAGGAGGAUGAAGACAUGUCGGACGGCUCCCAGCUCAGAGAGUCCGAUCCCAGAUCAGCCUGUCUGUCUCCGAAGGGAUUCCUCCCCACAGACCGGCACCAGCGCGCAGAGUCCCCGUCCACGCACUCCCACUCCCACCAAGAGUGGACCUACGAGGAGCAGUUUAAGCAGUUGUAUGACCUGGACGAUGAUGAAAAGCGCAAGGAAUUUCUUGAUGAUCUUUUCAGUUUCAUGCAAAAACGAGGGACUCCAGUGAAUCGGAUUCCUAUCAUGGCAAAGCAGGUGCUGGAUCUCUACAUGCUCUACAAGCUCGUCACAGAAAAAGGCGGCUUAGUGGAAGUCAUCAAUAAAAAGAUAUGGCGUGAGAUUACCAAAGGCCUCCACCUCCCUACGUCUAUUACUAGUGCAGCAUUUACUCUGCGAACACAGUAUAUGAAGUACCUUUAUCCAUAUGAAUGUGAAAAGCGGGGACUGAGCUCCCCGGGGGAACUUCAAGCAGCAAUUGAUAGCAACCGUCGAGAGAGCCGAAGACAGAACUACACGUCUGCCAUCUUCAGCUACUCAACCACUGGCUCACAAAGUCUCCUUCCAACACCAAAAAUACUACCACAUGUGCCGACGCUAUCCCAUCAAAGCAGCUGUAUUUCUCAAUCACCUAUGGUCAAAAAAGAGGAGCUUGGGAUAGUCAACGGCCUGCCAAGUAGGAUGGCCCUCCCCAUCUCACCCAGUGAGCACCAUAUGGCAGCCUUGGGAGCCCAGGCAGCAGGGGCUCAGUCAGCGGCUCUGGAGCAUCUUUCAAAGUUUGAAAGCUGUGAACCAACACAAAACAAAAUGAUUAAGGUUACUGAAGAGGAGCAGAGGAUAAUGGAGCAGGCACUUCAGCAGAACCUGAUCGCACUGGCAACCCAGGCUCCUCUAAGCAUCAAACUCAAUGACAGAGAUGAUAGACAAGAGUCCGCAUUGAACCUGUCUACCAACGGCAUUAACAGCAUCAACAUGUCAAUAGAAAUAAAUGGAGUUGUCUACACAGGAGUCCUCUUUGCCCGACAGUCAGUGGUAGCGGGGAUUAAGGAACGCCACGGGAAGCACAACUAUAAAACUCAGGGAAAGACCAACGCCACAUUUUACCAGCCCUCUUGCUUCUCCUACUCUUCUGCCUCACUUCAUGGACAGAGAAACUCUUCCACCUAAUCUUCUGUGUGUUACUUGGAUGAAGCCAACUAAAGAUUCGCUAAUUUCUUCUCUAAGGCAAGAUGAGAAAAAUUCAAUCAACAAGCCACAGAUUGAUUAAUUUAUAGUUUUUGACCAUAUUUAAACAUGUAUUAAAGGAAAAGUCCGUACAGCAAGGAAUAAUCAAUGGAUCAUUAUUUAUACCUAAAACAAAUACGUUUGCAGUGAUUUA